AUGGCAAAAUAUCCUACGCUUAAGCUUUCUGCGCUUGCAUCGAAGAUUGAUUCAACGGUGCCUUUCCAGCCACAAUAUUCGAAUCUUCUCAACGAGCAGCAUUUCUAUCAGAAUGGUACCAUGCUAUCAUGGGCCAAUAAACAGGCACAUCCUGUAACGCUACGACAGUUGGCAAAUUUCGGACAGAAAUUGAAUAAAACUAAGAUUCUCUCCAGCGCCAAUUUUGUGCGUAAUGAAUUGCCUAUUAGACUAAGUCUGCGUGUCAGAGAGAUGCAGAAGCUGAGAUUCAAUAUAACCAACAACUAUCACUUGAAUCAGGUUUAUCAGAGUUACUGCUACUGCUUUAACGCUUUUCGUAGAACUAGAAGGAUCGAUACUUUGGAAGACAAUGAGAAGUUUUGUCACUUUCUCUCCAAUGUUUUGGACGAUCAUCUAAUUGUCCUUCCACAUUUAAUGAUGGGUUCUUUGGAAGUGUCCAUAUUGAGAAGUAUGCCGCAGCAGUCUCUUGAUAGUUUCAUCUCCAAUAUGAUUCGCUCUCGUAUUAGUCGAAGAGUUAUCAUGGAGCAACAUAUCUCGCUUUCGGAAUCGUUUCAGAGUCAGUCGGAUUCGGUGGUUGAAAGGCCUCACAAUUACAUUGGAGCUGCCUUUGAGCUUGGCUCAGCUCACGAUCACCUGAAGCUAACAGCAGAAGCUGUAAAAUCGUAUCUUCGAACCAUGUAUCCAACUCUCAAGAUGCCUGAGCUUGUUAUUGAAGGUCCAGACGUGAAAUUUGAGUUUCUUACUUCUCACCUUAAUUAUAUCUUUGCCGAGAUUUUCAGAAAUGCUUUCAAGGCUACCAUUAUCAACAUGUUGAAGCAAAAUAGUCAUCUUAGUGAGCAGGAGCUCGGUCAUUUGCAACCUCCUCCAGUUGUUGUUCAAGUGAGUAGCAACAAAAAGUUUGCCUCCUUUAAGUUUUCCGAUCAAGGUGGUGGUAUGUCAAAUGAUCGGCUCGGUAAAGUGUGGUCUUUUGGUAAGAGCCCUGAGUUGGCUACGCAAUACUUGCAAAACUUCCACAGAAUGUCUGGUUUGAAUAUGCCUGAGAGAUUGCCUAUUCUGGAUCAUCAGUACUGGGAUGACCCUGACGAAAGUCACGUUCACUAUAGAGAGGCAUUGACUGGUAUUUUGGGUAACUUAGGUCGUAUCGAGUCUGGAAAAGUACCACAAAAGUCUACUUUGCUUGACUUGGCAGGAAGACCAUUCAAAUACACAUUGGGUAUCUCAUUACCUAUGUGUAAAGUUUACACUGACUAUUGGAAUGGUACUUUAGAAAUGUACUCUGUAGAAGGAUACGGUUCAGAUGUUUACCUCACUUUUGGCAAGAUUGGAGCCAACAAUGAUCCAUUACGCUUGGAUAGAGCUUAA